UAUAUUUGGAGAACAGAAGGAGGAGACAUUUCUCUCUGAAGAUGAACUCAACAGACCACCUACACAAUGCCCUCAACGCCACCUCGCUGCAUGUGCCUCACUCCCAGGGAGGGAACAGCACCUCUGUCCAGGAGGACCAGCAAGAGCUCAUCCACAUGGCCACCUUAGUGACCUGUACUUUUCUGCUCGCAGUCAUCUUCUGCCUGGGCUCUUAUGGCAACUUCAUCGUCUUCUUGUCCUUCUUUGAUCCAGCCUUCAGGAAGUUCAGAACCAACUUUGAUUUCAUGAUCCUGAACCUGUCCUUCUGUGAUCUCUUCAUUUGUGGGGUGACGGCACCCAUGUUCACCUUCUUGCUGUUCUUCAGCUCAGCCAGCAGCAUACCGGAUGCUUUCUGCUUCACUUUCCAUCUCACCAGUUCAGGCUUCAUCAUCAUGUCCCUCAAGAUGGUGGCAGUGAUUGCCCUGCACCGGCUCCGGAUGGUGUUGGGGAAGCAGCCCAAUCGCAUGGCCUCCUUUUCCUGCACCUUGCUCCUCACUCUGCUUCUCUGGGCCACCAGUUUCACCCUUGCCACCUUGGCUACCCUGAAAACCAGCAAGUCCCACCUCUGUCUUCCCAUGUCCAGUCUGAUGGCUGGGGAAGGGAAAGCCAUUCUUUCUCUCUAUGUGGUUGACUUUACCUUUUGUGUUGCUGUGGUCUCUGUCUCUUACAUCAUGAUUGCUCAGACCUUGCGAAAGAAUGCUCAGGUCAGAAAGUGCCCACCUGUCAUCACGGUCGAUGCUUCUAGACCACAGCCUUUCAUGGGGGUCCCUGUGAAGGCAGAGGGGGAUCCCCUCCAGUGUACCAUGCCGGCUCUAUAUAGGAACCAGAAUUACAACAAACUGCAGCACAUUCAGACCCAUGGGUACACCAAGACUCCUAACCAGCUGCCAACCCCUGCAGCCAGCCGGCUCCAGCUGGUAUCAGCCAUCAACCUCUCCACUGCUAAGGAUUCCAAAGCCGUGCUCACCUGUGUGAUAAUCGUGCUGUCAGUCCUGGUGUGCUGUCUUCCACUGGGGAUCUCCUUGAUGCAGGUGGUUCUGUCCAGCAAUGGGAGCUUCAUCCUUUACCAGUUUGAACUAUUCGGAUUUACCCUUAUAUUUUUCAAGUCAGGAUUAAACCCUUUUAUAUAUUCUCGGAACAGUGCAGGGCUGAGAAGGAAAGUGCUCUGGUGCCUCCAAUACAUAGGCUUGGGAGUUUUCUGCUGUAAACAGAAGACUCGGCUUAGAGCCAUGGGGAAAGGGAACCUCGAAGUCAAUAGAAACAAAUCCUCCCAUCAUGAAACAAACUCUGCCUACAUGUUGUCUCCAAAACCACAGAAGAAAUUUGUGGACCAGGCUUGUGGCCCAAGUCAUUCCAAGGAAAGUGUCAUAAGUCCUAAAAUUUCUGCUGGACAUCAGCACUGUGGCCAGAGCAGCUCGACACCCAUCAACACGCGGAUUGACCCUUACUACAGCAUCUAUAACAGCAGCCCUUCCCAGGAGGACAGCAGCCCUCGGAACUUGCAGCCAGUGAACUCUUUUGGAUUUGCCAAUUCUUACAUUGCCAUGCAUUAUCAUACCACCAAUGAUUUAUUGCAGGAAUAUGACAGCACUUCAGCUAAGCAGAUUCCAGUCCCCUCUGUUUAAAGUCAGAGAAUCUCGUGUAAAUGGUUUUUGUUUCUGAUACUAAAUGAUUUUUUUUUAACUUACUGAGAUCAAGUGGUGGAUCAAAAGUUAAAGAUUCAGCUAAAGAGUUUGCAGUUAGGAUUUCCCUUUGUCUGAAGUAUUAGUACCUAUUGAUUUGCUUUGUAAUUUCUUGAUGUUUUAAGAUACGAUGUAAAAGUUUAUUAUUUAGAUUUUUACCCCCACCCGUGCCCUAGUCUUUUGUACUAAGCCUUUGAAUAGACACCAGGAAUGAAAAUGCUACUAUGUUAAAGUAGAAAAUUAAUUAUGAUAAUUUGAAUCAGUAUUAUGAGUCUUCAAAGUAUAUAUUGGCUGGAUUUUUUAAAAGAAUGUGAAGGUUCAAUCUUUACUGGGUGUUAUUUUUAUUAAUUGAAUUAUAAAAUUUGGUUCUUUGAAGUGCAGAAAUAGGACACAAUACACUUCUCUGGUAGCAGGUUGAUUUGCAUAUAUAAUAUAUUGUUAUAGUAGAAAAUCAGAACUAUGUUACCUAUAGCUCUGACUUUACCAGAAAUACUCACACAGGUUUUGGGUACUUUCCUUUCAUAAGAUGAUGAACAAUUAAGAAUACAGUAUUAUUAUUAUUACUGCCAUUUCUUAUUAUAGACGUUAUUCUGUGUCAGUUGAGUACCUGCAGUUUUUCUUUUAAAAAGAAAGAUUUUUUCAUUGUUAAAAGUGAAAUGUUAUUUCUUGCGAUGAUCUUACCCAAGAGUCCUUGUGAGGAGGACGGCAUCUGCUGGGCUGGUGUGCUGCUCCUAGGAGAGGAGGUGUGAUUGUGGACACGCGGGACGUCGUCCUGAGGGAGACGAUGUGGACUGACACACGAUAGGCGAUCUUUAUUACUGCUUACCAAGACACUGAGAUGAGAUUGGGAGUGUUUUAUUUUCCUUUCGUGGGAGAAGAGUUUAUCAACUGCUCACAGUAUCCGAGUUACCUGUUUAGAAAUAACUUUUGUCUUAUCUAUUAUUAUGGCAGAAAAUUUCUCAAAAUGAACUCAUUUUUAUGUAAAAAUAUUUUCAUUAUACAGUUAGUAUUUGAACUCACUAGGAUUUUAGAACUGUAAGUGCUAGAUACAAGAUGAGCAUUAAAAUACAGAGCCUAUCUUUAUUAACUGUUAUAGUCAAGAAUUAUUACCGAAGUUUGGAUGCUACUUUUUUAUUUUUAUUUAUUUUUUAUUUUAUUUUAUUUUUUAGGUUU